AUAACAAGGUGACAGGCUAACUCGGUCUACGUUCAUUGACUCCACUGGGUGCCAGAGAAGAUCAUCCCGGACUCUCGGAAAGCUGUAACAAAUCGUGCUGUCUGUUUCAAUCUCUGUUCAUCUCCAUGAUGACCACUAGAUGUCCAUCUUUGCUUCAGCACCUGCCUGAUAGGUGUUAGUGGCCCAGUCCAUAAAUAAGAAGUUUCAGAUUCCAACCAUGUAUGCCUGCGCCAAGUUUGUCACUUCUCCUGCUGUGCUACGUGGGGGGUCCAGAGUCCUCGCCAGGCCAGUCUCAGUGUCCCUCUUCAACAGAUCUGAAGUCACAGUGGAGCAGCGGGCCCUGUUGCCAGUCAGCCAGUCUGCAGUCCUGACUCGCUCCUUCCAGACCAGCGCUGUCUCCCAGGACAUCGACACUGCUGCCAAGUUCAUUGGUGCUGGUGCUGCCACAGUGGGUGUAGCUGGCUCAGGAGCUGGAAUCGGAACAGUGUUCGGCAGCCUCAUCAUUGGCUAUGCCAGGAACCCCUCCCUGAAGCAGCAGCUCUUCUCCUAUGCCAUCCUGGGCUUUGCCCUGUCUGAGGCUAUGGGUCUCUUCUGUCUGAUGGUGGCAUUCCUCAUCCUGUUUGCCAUGUGAACCUGGAAACACACCCACACCUCUCUGCCCUUCACGUCCCUUUUUUCCUUUCCCUUCUUGCUCCCUUCUUCUGUCCGAAGGGGGUGUCCAGAAUGGGAACUCCGAACGAGCUGAUAGGCCAUUCCAAUCAAUGGGAAAUACAAAAAUGGAAAAAUAUUUGCAUCUGAGGUUAGCAAACCUUCAACAUUUUUAUGUUCUACACUCGUGUUUUUUUGUUUUGUUUAGUUUUUUUUUUUUUUUUAAGUUUUAUGUAAGACCUCACUAAGGUCAAAAUAAUCUGUCCAAAAUAAAUGGUUGGGAUAACUAAGCA